UUUCUUCCCGCUUCGGACCCCGUUAGAACACAGCUUUUUCCCCGCUGCCCCAGCAGACUCCCCUACGCUCAGCCCGCCGGCGCAGAGAGGGACGGCUCUGGCCGUCUCCUCCCUGCCUUUCCUUCCCUUUUUACGCAGUGCCUGAAGGGCGGGCGGCGCGCGUUGUCAUGGGCUCAUCCACGAGAGGCUGAGGUUGCUGAGUGCUUGCUGCCUCCCAGGAUAUAGGUUAAGGAUUGAAUUCCUCACCACUAGUUAAGUCUCAUCCAGUAUGGGGUCAAGAAGUAUUCCAGAAAGGAAUCAUGGUCUCUAACACUGUGCUGAAAUCUGUUCUCCAGUUUCCUGAAAACGUGAAAAAGAAAUUUCUGGUUUUUUAUCUUAUUCUGAGCUCAUGUCUACUACAUAUCCAGGCCACCGCUCUUUUGGCUGAAGUUCUUCCUGAUUUGGAAAAGAUUCAAGUCAGCUCUGAGAUUGAUGCCUUUUUAUAUACUGCAGAUUUAAAUUACCCUAGUCAUUGUAAUGUAUCGGUGAUAAAAUGCUUCCAGCUUGAGAUGGAAGUAGUUUUGUAUGAGUCUAAAUUUGGGGAUUCAAACUUUUGUAAUAGUGUGCAUCGUAUAGUCAGAAUUAUUAAAAAAUUUCUAUCCCAUGAAAUGAAUACAGAUACACGCACCUGCCAACGAUGUGAAACAUACAAAGAAAAAAAAUAUCCAGAAUUUAUAGCAAACUUCAUGUCUGUUGUACAGCGAGUCAACAGAGAAGAGAGGAAAAAAUGAAAACUGAGACACUCCAUUGUAACUGGAAGAAAUAGUUUAUUGCCUCUGUGGAAAGAUAGCUUCUCAGUGGUCAGCCUGAGCCUUCUCUCUUUCUUUUUUUCCUUCCUUUCUGGGACUUUGAAAUACAGGUAGUCCUCAUUUAGCAGCUGCCUCAUUUAGUGACCAUUUGCAGCUAAGCCUGUGGAAUGUCAGCCUCAGGAGAGACAAAGCCAGGAAUCAUAUGAGAAUCAAACACAGGCACCACCUGAGCAGCUGGAGAAGUCAGAUAAGGAUGAUAUAAGGCUUCGUAGCCCCUGCACCCGGUGAGUAAUGUGCAGAGCAGAGCAAUGCCAUUCCAUUAGGUUCCUCGUCAAGCAAGGGAGUAAAUCUCCUGAUUAGUGACUGCUGGCUGCAGCCUAAUUUAAGAAGCAGCUCUGACACAUGCUCCCUUUGCUGGAAAUAAUGUCUGAUCUCUGGCUUUUGCUGGCAUUCCUGUGAAUUCCUGUUCAUGUAAGAAACCUUGAACCUUUGACCUUUGGACUGGCUGACAUCCCUGACCUGGCUCUCUGAACCUUGGAUUGAUUUUGGACUAUUCUGCACAUUCCUGUUAAAAAGCAAAUCCUUCAGGCAAGCUUCUGUUUUGUUUACAUUCUUUGCUUGCUGUUAUCUCUUCAGCCUUGAAGUGAUACUACUAAUCUCCAUAGCAGUUGUGUUUGAGUGUGUGUGGUUGAAAUCUGAAGCAGGACACCUAAAGCCUCAUGAAAUCCAGAAGUGCCAACAGCUGGCCAACCAGAAGCUGAUAGCAAACUUUUCUCCUCCAAAGACUUAAGAGACACUAAAGUUACUGCAGUAGUUCAGGACAGAGAAAACCAGUACUUCGUGGAAAGCCUAAAAACACCGACCGGCAACAAAGCCAGCCAAACGUAUGUUGGCUAAAGGGAGUUGGAACUCAGGGUGAAGACUUUCCCCACAAUUGACAGCUGCGAGAACAGCCAAUGACAGAGCCAAGUAAACUUGGUAGUUUACAAAUAUGUAUGCAAUUCAAGCCUGCCUGUACAAGAAAAGGGAAAGAAGAAAAGGAAUUUACAGAAAUUAUAAAUAUAAGCAGAUAAAUAGGUAUAUUGGUAAGAUUUAGAAAUAAGUAGAUGUCAUCAUUUAUGUUUAAAUCCUUUCCCAGUUUUGCAGUAACCCUCCAUUCCUAAUCUUGUGGGUAAGAGGAUCUGAAUAGAAAUAAUAGAAUUGUUUUCGAGAUGGAAUUGCUUUAUCCUCACAUACUAGUUGAUAUUACAUCAUAGGAUAUAACACUGAUAUUGCAUACACAUAUUGAAACAUACACGUGUUGAAAGGUUCAAGUGCCAAAACUGAUAGAAAUUUUUCUUAAUUGUUUCAACCAAAGAUCCAUAUGUAUAAAAGCUGAAAACAAAACAAGGGAGUAUUAUCCUGGACCUGAACUUUGAAAGUGUCAGAGAGUACACAUGGUAUGAUAGUUGUGGGAUAUAAAAGCAAUUAUUUGUAUUACCCUUAACAGUUUGUCCAAAUAUAAAAUCUAUAAAUU